UUUAUUAUUUGUUCGAAUUAUCCGUUCGUGCUUUUUUUCAGAGUUUUGAUUCUAAGCAGAUUUUGCAGAAAGCAGCAAUCUACAACACCAUCAUGACUUCCGAAGCGUUGGUUGACGAGGAGCUCCGCCAGCUCCAGCGCGAAGAGCAGCAGCUUCGCGAAUGGUGGGCCACAGAGCGCUUCCAGCACGCCAAGCGCCCGUACGACGCGGCCAGUGUCAUUGCUCUCCGCGGCACCGUGCACCAGGAAUACGCCUCAAACAUCCAGGCAAAGAAGCUCUGGAACCUGCUCGCCAAGCGAAAGGCGGAAGGCACAGUGUCGCACACGUUUGGUGCGCUGGAUCCCGUCCAGGUCGUGCAGAUGGCAAAGUACCUCGACACGGUCUACGUGUCUGGCUGGCAAUGCUCGAGCACUGCGUCCUCGUCGAACGAGCCGGGCCCAGAUCUUGCCGACUACCCCAUGGACACUGUCCCAAACAAGGUCGAGCACCUCUUCAAGGCACAGCUCUUCCACGACCGUCGCCAACGCGAGGCGCGAUCGCACCUCACCCGCGAGCAGCGCAUCCAGUCGCCCACCAUCGACUACAUGGCGCCCAUCGUCGCUGACGCCGACACUGGUCACGGCGGUCUCUCUGCAAUCAUGAAGCUGACCAAGAUGUUUGUCGAGCGUGGCGCUGCCGGCGUUCACAUUGAGGAUCAGGCUGCCGGCACUAAAAAGUGCGGACACAUGGGUGGCAAGGUCCUUGUUCCAAUCUCCGAGCACAUUAGCCGCCUCGUCGCGAUUCGAUUGCAGACCGACGUGAUGGGCACCGAAACGCUGGUCGUCGCCCGCACGGACUCGGAGGCUGCCACGCUGCUGAACAACAACAUUGACAAGCGCGACCACCCCUUCAUCCUGGGCGCAACCAACCCCGCCGUCGCUGGUGCCUCGCUGAACGAGCUCGUCCUUGAGGCGUCGAGCCAAGGCCGCUCGCAGAGCGACAUUGACAAGCUCCAGGCAGAGUGGGUCAAGCGCGCUGGUCUCAAGACGUUCACCGACUACAUUGCCGACCGUCUCAAGGAGGCCCGCGCUGGCGAUGCGGAUGUGCUUGCUCGCUGGACCACCGAGUCCAAGAAGCUGGGCCACAAGGAGGCGCGCACGCUGGCCGAGAGCCUUCUCGGCGCAGAGGCUUCCAAGCAGCUCUUCUGGGACUGGGAGUUGCCCCGCACCACCGAGGGCUACUACCGCGUCCAGGGCGGCACUGCGUACGCCAUCGCCCGUGCGUCGGCCUUCUGCGAUUACGCCGACAUUGUCUGGAUGGAAACCAAGACCCCCACCAUUGCCCAGGCGCGCGAGUUUGCCGAGGGCGUCCUCAAGACACACCCGCACCAGCUGCUCACGUACAACCUCUCGCCCUCGUUCAACUGGGAUGCGGCCGGCAUGAACGACGCACAGAUCGAGUCCUUCAUCUGGGACCUCGGUCGCAUGGGCUACGCCUGGCAGUUUAUCACGCUCGCCGGCUUCCACUCGGACUCGCUCGGCAUCGACAUGUUUGCCCGCGACUUCAAGACCCGAGGCAUGCUUGCGUACUGCGAGCGAAUCCAGCGCCGCGAGCGCGAGCACAAGGUCGAAACCCUCGAGCACCAGACUUGGUCGGGCGCGUACCUCGUUGACCGUGCGCUCACCACCAUUUCCGGUGGUGCCGUCUCAACUGCUGCCAUGGGCGACGGUGUGACUGAAAACCAGUUUAAGGCUGUUCAUUAAGGCGUUUACGAAAAAAAACAAUGGUCUACAAGAGAAGUUAGUCGUUUUGUUGCAAAAAUUGUGUGCGUCUGAAUUUUUUGUUGUGUGAAUUUGAAAAUGAACGUUGUUGUCAGAUGGCCAAA